CAGCACGGUGUCUCUGUUGGGGGCAUGCUCUGUGCCCAAAUCUGUCCUUAAAAACUUGAGUUACCCUUACAUCACCGAUCAUGAUCCCAGUUUACUGUUUGAACGAAUCGGUCAGGUCGGUGAAGGAACUUAUGGGUAUACAAGGCACGUAAUUCCAAAACAGGGCAAUUAAUGGCCCUGAAACGAAUCCGUAUGACUGGCGAGAAAAACGGUUUUCCUAUCACUGCCAUGCGCGAAAUUAAACUGCUGCAAAAGCUGAAACACGAUCGUAUUGUGCAGUUGGAUCACAUUAUGCUUUCAAAGGGCUCCGUCUAUAUGGUUUUGGAAUACAUGGAUCAUGACCUGUCAGGUAUUCUCAGUCAUCCAAACUUCAAGUUUGAACCUGAGCAUGCCAAAUCUCUUGUCAAGCAGAUGCUUGAAGGUCUCGAUUAUCUUCAUCAAAUGGGUAUUCUUCACCGCGACAUCAAAGGAUCCAAUCUACUCAUCAAUAACAAGGGAGAGCUCAAAAUUGCUGAUUUUGGUCUGGCGCGAGUGUUUCAAAAACGACAAUCCCAUGAUUAUACCAAUCGUGUCAUUACUCUGUGGUAUCGUCCGCCGGAGCUACUUUUGGGAGCAACAGCUUACGGUCCUGCGGUGGAUAUCUGGAGCGUAGGAUGUAUCAUGCUCGAGUUCUUUACUGGCAAACCUAUUUUCAAUGGAACAGACGAAAUCUCUCAGCUGGAACGUAUAUACAAAACCAUGGGAACACCUACAGUAGAAAACUGGCCCACCUUAUCCGAGCUUCCGUGGUUCGAAUUGCUGAAACCUAAACAUCAUUAUCCCUCGAAAUUCAAGGAAAUGUACGAAAGCUUACUAUCUCCUGCGGCUCUCAAAUUAGCCGAGUUAUUGCUCUCGAUGGAUCCCCAAAAACGACCAUCUGCUCGUGAAGCUUUGCGGUCGGAAUACUUUACCGAAGAGCCUUUACCCGCACUUCCUGAAAAUCUGUCAUAUAUGCAUGGUGAUUGGCAUGAGUUCGAAUCAAAGCAGCGAAAACGUCAAAGAUCAGCGCAGUCAAGUAUAUCAAAAACCAAGACUGUCAAUUCUGAUUUGAUAGGAACAAGUUAGGACUGUUUUGUUGGCAUUGUUGGGUUCAAGGCUGGCUUCUUUUUCGUUUAAUGACUUAUAAUAUUUCAUUCGUCCCCAUUUUGAGCAUAAUAUCAUGUUUUUUAUCGCAUUGUUUUCUUUUUCGUCACCUAUU